GCAAAUAACUAACUCAAGCGGGAAUAAUGGAUCCCCACAAACGGAAAUCCAAAACCUAUGCCCCAUGCACAACGUGGCAGACAGCAGAAUGCUUACGGACACCUAUAUAUAUGGUGGUGAAAAUGGCCUUGGAAGCAGCUAACAUCUUACAACACCAAGACCAGAGAGCAGGAAGAAGAAGCAGCAGCUAAGAUGGCAAGCAUGACCUUCACCGGUGCCCUUCCCAAGUUUCUCCAUGUCAGCCCAGCCAUGGUCCGACGAAACCCGUGCUCGAGGGUCCUCGUCACUGCUGCUACUCCAAAACCUUCUCAGGAGGGCAUGGCGGGUGACGCUCGGAAAUCCGUCGAUGAGGCGGCUGGGGAAGUGGCAGGAGAGGUGAAGAAGUCUGCUGACAAGACGAGGGGGGUGGCAAGUGCGGCUGCCGGUCAGGUGGCUGACACGACCCAAGAUCUCAGCGUUAAGGCACAGCAAUUGGCCCAGGAUGCAUGGGGGUCCGCUAAAGAAACCGCCCAGAAAGUAAAGGACGCAGUGGUUGGCAAGGCUGAAGACGCAAAGGAAAACAUCAAAGACAAUGCCGAGGCUGUCAAACGUGCCAUGGACACAAAGAACAACCGCUAAUUUCCACCACCUCAUCAGCAUUUCCAUCUCGUCCUUGCAGUUAAUUUGUUCUGAUCAUUUGCCUUGUUAAUUAACAUUGCUAUUACAGCGUCUCCUUCAAAGGGAGGAGCAUAUGUAAAUAAAGAUCCAUGCAUCUAUGAAUCUCAAUCUUAAAGGA